AUGGAACUGGAUUCAAUUAGAAAAGAGAGGACUAACAUUAGACGUACAUAUCGACGCAGAAAUAGAAUUUCAUUACCUCGUCCAAGAGAGAAAGACAAUAACUCAGAAGCAAACACAGAUAAGGACUCAGAACCUGAGUUCAAUGAUAGUAACGUGACGGCAUCCACACAGGAAACGAUUCCAACAGGACAAAACGAGACGUCUGAAACAGUAUUAAAUAUUUCAACUUUGGAGAAUAAUCUCAGCAAUAUGCAGGAUGUUGCAUCGAUAUAUGAGGUGCCGGUAAUGCCUCCGAAGAACUUCUAUUCCACACUAUAAGUUGGGAUCUUGAAAACAGUCAGAAUAUAUCAAGAGAGAAGCCUUCCGAAGAUAUUUGCACGCUGUGUUUUACCAAUGAGCAAACAUACAUUUUUGUACCCUGUGGUCAUCUUGUCUGUUGCAG